CUUGACUUUUCGCCCUUAUUUCUCAGCUACUCAAUCACUUCGAGGAAUAGAGGAUGUUCUUCGUAAUUCUGAAGUCGCUUCGAGGACGUUGCAACUUCGCAAGCGAAGGCAAAGAGGAGUCCUCUUGGCACCGUGGCCUUCGUCUACUUCCCAUUCUCGCUCUCAGUGAGGAGGGAAAACGAGGAGGAGCGUGCUUUGCCUUUGGGAUAGUCGGCGAAAAAAGAGAAGAGAGCUUGUGAUAGAGGGUUCAUCCCCUUCUACUGUUACUUUUUGAUGAUGAACCUUCGCCGAUACAGCUUCCAUCGGAAGGACAAGGAAGAUCGGUGUUGAAAGACACAAACGACAAAACCAAUUUUGAUUCUUCAUGCUGAUUUAUAUGAUGUAAACAAGGGGAGAAAGCUUCAGCAGCUAACAUCAACAACAAUUAGACUCCCCUCCGUGGAAGCUUGCCUCUGUGGUGCUUCCCAUCAUUCCUCAGAAGAAACCCCAAGGGUUUUAGUGAUCAUCUGUGUGGACUGCGGAGCUGGAAUAUGGCAACCUCCCCUGGGCCAAAGGGGGCUCACUGCCACAAUGUUGUCAGACAAAGACUCGAUUUUGCUUCUGAAAACCAAUCUGUAGAUGAACAUCCAAAGGAGGCAUUCAUGGAAUCAAAAUCUGUCAUAAAGGAGAAAUACAACACAGCUUCCAACUCCAGAGCUAAGAUAACAGUUCAACUUGGUGAAGGAUUGGAGGUUGAAGGUGAAGAAUCAGAAGCAGAUAUUGCUUUUGAUCUGAAUCGUUCCAACAACCAAGUACCCGAUAUGUACAUAAGGCUGCCAGAAUAUCCAACUCCUAUUCAUCAUUCUAGAAGAGAAUUAUUGAAGAAAAAUUGGAAGCAUCUGGCUAGAAUGGUUGGCAAGGCAAAUAGUACAGAUAAAACCCACAUUGUUGAGAUAUCAAAACAGAAUAGCAUUCAGAGUCAUGUAAAAUUAGAUGGUGAUACAACUUUAGUGCGAGGGGAAAUGGAGAAUGAACAAGCUAAAAGUUGUUAUAAUCAUGUUGGCAAUGCCCGAAGAGGUUGCAUAUAUCCAAUUUCAGGUGAUAAAGGCUCUAUGCAGACACACGCCAGCAAUAUUCCACAAUUUCCACUGGAAUGUAAAAGGAGGAGAACCAUGCUAAUGCACAAUGUGGAAUUUGGUCAAAUGACACGAGUCUCCAAAUCAUGUAGCUUUGUAGAUGAACAAAAGCUGGUACCGUUGGGUGAUUUACAAACCUCAGAUUUCAUGUUGACCUUUGGUCCCAUCAAAUGGGUGACAAAGAAGAGAUCAAAGGUGCCUAUUCGAGUCCCUAAGCCGGUUCUCGCUGAGAUAGUUGCAGGCUACAAAGAUCUUUUGCAAAACCUUAAAAGCAGACACCAGGCAUGCAUCAAAGCCUUGUUCGCAGAUACUCGUGUGAGAAUGAAAACAGGGAAACGAACAAUAAGGAAACAUGUUCAUCACCAGCAGUGAAUGUUUUCAUCUCAUGGAUUACAUGCUUGCUCUAAAACGAUAAAUGAUGCACCGCAAUUGUAGACGAGUGGUAGAAUUUUCUAUGGAUUGUUAUCUUAUACAAUUUUAAGCUCGACAGGUUGUGAUUACAUGGAUAGUACAUGUCAAGCCAAUUGCAAUGCAUCUUUAGAGUCAAUGGGAGAGUUAACGUUGGAGUGAAUAGGAGAAGAAAAGGAAGGUUUUGGUGGCAUUUCCUUGUCACUGUUUCUUCCUUCCAACAUUUCAAUCACCUUGGUCAUGGAAGGUCUGUUUGCCGGCAGAGUUUGGAUACACCACAAGCCGACCAAUAUCAUCUGCCUUGCAAUUUCUUCUGUUUCAACUAUUAUAUUGUAUGCUUGAAGAUCUCUAUCUUGAUCAAGAUGCUCGUAACCCAGUGUGGAAAAUAAACAUCACUACUUCUGUCUGCA